AUGAACCCAAGGGACUAUGGAUACAGUUUACCAGUGAUAUGGUGGCAGGAGAACCACAGAGACAACAAUAAGAAACCCUCAGGAAUGAGUGAGGAGAGAUCAUCACAUGUGAAGCUGAAAUGGCCAAAUUCAAAAAACCAGAAGGCCAUAAGAUAUCCAAUUCAGGAAAAGAGAGGUAUGGAGUUUUCCCGAUUUCUGGAAAUACAAUAUCAAAUCAGAAAAGAUGAAAUCAUGUUGUUCAGGCAUCUUAUUGCAGAAUCUCUCAGGAUCUUUUGUUUACUUCUGUUGAUGACAGUCACGAUGUUGGGGAUCAGGGUUUUUCAGUAUAUUCAAGAAAAACAUCAAUGGGAAGAAAUUCGACGAAACCUAAGUCUAAAGUAUGACCUCAUGAAAAAUGACAGCUACUUAAAGGAGCAACAUUUGACAAAUAAGACUUUAGAAUAUGAAAUUCAAAAUGAAACCCUUCAUCAGAAAAAGAAAUUGGAAUUAUGCUUUAUAGAAAAUAAGCUAUGUCAUGGAAAAAGGAAUCUUUCAGAGUCUUUGCAAAAUACAGGGCGCUGGUCUUGUUAUGGAAUUAGCUGUUACUAUUUUACCAAUGAGAGUAAAGUCUGGAUAAAGUGUAAACAGACUUGUCAAAAUUAUGGAUCAUCUCUUUUGAAGAUAGAUGAUGGUGAUGAACUGGCCUUUAUUCGAUCCCACAUUUCUCCAGAUACUUACUGGAUUGGAUUAUCAUAUAAUUCCCAGGAACAUAAAUGUAAAUGGACUGACAAUGACACAUCUUCUGGAUAUCAUUUUACAAUAUUGACUUCAUCUUCUGGGAUAGGAAAAUGUGCAUUUUUGACUUCAACAAGAAUAGAUGCUACUGAGUGCUCUAAAACCUACAAUUGUGUCUGUGAGAAGAUGAUGAUUUCUCUGCUUCAAGAAAGUACCACGAGAAAAAGGUGAAAAUGGAAUUUUGUCACUUUUUUGUUUCC